GGAGCCGAGCAGCCGCCUCCAAACAGCUCAUCCUCUACUCUAAAGCACGUUCAUUUUUACGCUUCAUUUAUCUAUACUAACAUUUCCAGAUUUUCUACACACUGUUGCGCGUUAUCUGACAGAACCGUCCUCAUCCUCCCUGAUUAUCCGCCAGCAGCUUAUCGGAAAUUACCAAGGAGUUGUGACUCCCGAGCGCAAGGCUGCAUCGUGGCUCUGUCAGAAGUGGCAUGUUCGAGGGAUACUGCGGACCCAAAUGAACUCCUGCUUUCACCCAAAGAGGAUUCAAUGAAAAUGUCUGUGUGUGUCCAUGAGAACCGGAAAUCCCGAGCCAGCACCGGCUCGAUGAACAUCUACCUGUUCCACAAGUCCUCCUAUGCGGACAGUGUGCUGAUGCACCUCAACUCUCUGCGGCAGCAGCGGCUCUUCACAGACGUCCUGCUUCAUGCGGGGAGCCGCUCCUUCCCAUGCCACCGCGCCGUGCUGGCCGCCUGCAGCCGCUACUUUGAGGCCAUGUUCAGCGGCGGGCUGAGGGAGAGUCAGGCCAGCGAGGUCGACUUCCGUGACUCCCUUCACCCGGAGGUGUUAGAGCUCCUGCUGGAUUACGCCUACUCAUCACGUGUGGUCAUCAAUGAGGAAAACGCAGAGUCUCUACUGGAGGCUGGGGACAUGCUGGAGUUUCAGGACAUCCGGGAUGCCUGCGCUGAAUUCCUGGAGAGAAACCUGCACCCGUCUAACUGCCUUGGCAUGCUGUUGCUGUCUGACGCCCACCAGUGCAUCAAGCUGUCAGAGCUCUCCUGGGGAAUGUGUCUCAGCAACUUUCCCACUAUUUGCAAGACAGAGGACUUCCUCCAACUGCCCAAAGAUAUGGUGGUGCAGCUUUUGUCCCAUGAGGAGCUAGAGACAGAAGAUGAGAGACUGGUCUAUGAGGCGGCCCUUAACUGGAUCAACUACGACCUGGAAAAGAGGCACUGCCACCUUCCAGAGCUCCUGAGAACGGUCCGCCUGGCCCUGCUGCCCGCCAUCUUUCUCAUGGAGAACGUUUCUACAGAAGAGCUGAUCAACGGCCAGCCUAAGAGCAAGGAGCUGGUGGAUGAAGCUAUCCGCUGUAAGCUGAAGAUCCUGCAGAACGAUGGCGUGGUUAACAGCCCUUGUGCCCGACCAAGGAAGACCAGCCAUGCCCUCUUUCUUCUGGGAGGGCAGACUUUCAUGUGUGACAAGUUGUACCUGGUGGACCAGAAAGCCAAAGAGAUCAUCCCCAAGUCUGACAUCCCCAGCCCCAGGAAGGAGUUCAGCGCCUGCGCCAUUGGCUGUAAUGUGUACAUCACCGGUGGCAGAGGUUCAGAGAAUGGUGUAUCCAAAGAUGUGUGGGUCUAUGACACCGUCCAAGAGGAAUGGUCGAAGGCGGCACCCAUGCUCAUUGCCAGGUUUGGCCAUGGCUCUGCGGAGCUGAAACACUGCCUCUACGUGGUGGGAGGUCACACAGCUGCCACCGGCUGCCUUCCAGCCUCUCCAUCGGUAUCCCUCAAACAGGUGGAGCAGUUCGACCCAGUGGCGAACAAGUGGACAAUGGUGGCUCCUUUGAGAGAGGGUGUGAGCAAUGCAGCGGUGGUCAGCGUCAAGCUCAAGCUCUUUGCCUUCGGAGGAACCAGCGUCACCCACGACAAGCUGCCCAAGGUGCAGUGCUACGAUCCGCAGGAGAACCGAUGGUCUGUACCCGCGUCCUGCCCGCAGCCCUGGCGCUACACAGCCGCUGCCGUGCUGGGAAACCAGAUCUUCGUCAUGGGCGGGGACACAGAGUUCUCUGCAUGCUCUGCUUAUAAGUUCAGCAGUGACAGCUACCAGUGGACUAAAGUUGGCGACGUGACGGCCAAGCGCAUGAGCUGCCAGGCUGUGGCAUCGGGAAAUAAACUGUACGUUGUGGGUGGGUACUUUGGCACACAGCGGUAAACUCUGGACUGCUAUGACCCCACGCUGGAUGCUUGGAACAGCAUCACUACUGUGCCAUACUCACUCAUUCCCACUGCUUUCGUCAGCACCUGGAAGCAUCUGCCCGCUUGAGCCCCAAAACCCUCUUCCUACACCUUCUC